AGCAACAUUAGGCAGAAGGCUCGUAUUACAUCACACUUGGUAAAAAAAGAAAAAAGAAAAGCAACAAUGGGUGCCCAAUUUACCGUUUGGAAAUAUCGUUCUGUGCUUUCUUUGAUAGUUUUAGGGGUAGUUAUCUGUGGGACCCACUUCGGAUCUGCCGUCCCAGUGCAAAACGAAGCACCUCUUACUAAAAUGUACCCGAGAGGCAGCCACUGGGCUGUAGGUCAUUUGAUGGGGAAGAAGAGCAUUGGCUUGCCUUUUGGUUAUGAGGAUGAUGAAAAUGUGAUCUACUCAUCUGCACCAGAAGAAGUCAAACAGCUUGAAGGAUACUUGCAGUGGUCUGAACUUGUCAAAAACUUGAUAAGGUUGUUGGAUGUGAAGGACAGUCAGAAUGCCCAGCUUUUAAGACAAGAGAUUCUGCUCAACAGAAAGAAAGAGUGGGAGGCAGCAGACCCCACCACCAAAAACAACAACUUAAAGGAGAUGACAGACUACCUGCUGCAGAUUCUGAACAUGAAAGACAAUAACCCAAGUUGAAUUGAAGAUAGAUCUGCUUAUAUACACAACCUUUGAGAGACUUUGCUGUUCUACAGGCAUUCUACUGUAACUAGUACCAAACAAAACUGCUUUUGUGUUGAACAAUGCAUUCUUGUGUUUCUACCUUUAACUUGACUCAAUUUAACAACAUUUUAUUUUUUGGGUUUGUUUGGUUUAUUUAUUUAUUUACCUGCAUAUAAACAUUUGAACAGGGUCUUAAUAUCCAAAUAUUAUUAUAGCUUUCUUGAGUAAAAUUAUAAAAGAUGUAAUUUAAUGCUAA